AUGGUGCUGAUCGGGAACAUCUACGUGAUCGCCUCCGUCGCCGUCGUCGGCGGCGGCUUGUUCGGCUUCGACAUUGCGUCGAUGUCGGCGCAGCUGACGGAGAACUCCUAUCUGUGCUAUUUCAACGAGGGUCCUCAUGGCCCGCCCUUCGACAACAACCCCAACUGUAGCGGACUUUCUUCUCUGAAACAAGGUGGUGUGACUGCCUCAAUGGCUGCCGGCUCCUGGCUGGGCGCCUUGAUCUCCGGCUUUAUCUCGGAUCGUCUUGGUCGAAAGUACGCGAUCAUGUUGGGUUGUGUUAUCUGGAUGGUCGGAUCCAUCUUGAUUUGCGCUGCUCAGAACGUCCCUAUGCUCAUCGUCGGUCGUAUCAUCAACGGUAUUGCGGUGGGUAUCGAAUCUGCGCAAGUCCCCGUCUAUAUCUCGGAGCUUUCGCCACCGUCCAAGCGUGGUCGGUUCGUGGGCCUACAGCAGUGGGCCAUCACUUGGGGUAUCCUCAUCAUGUACUAUAUCUCGUACGGCUGCUCUUUCAUUGGAGGUAACAAGUCCGACAACUGGAGUGCUGCGGCCUGGCGAGUUCCUUGGGGGCUGCAAAUGAUCCCUGCUGUCCUCCUGUUCUUCGCUAUGAUGUUCCUACCCGAAUCGCCUCGUUGGCUGGCUCGCAUGGAUCGCUGGGAGGAGGCUCACGACGUGUUGGCUUUGGUGCACGCCAAGGGCGACCGCAACCACCCUUUCGUGGCCAUCGAAUUGCAAGAUAUUCGGGACAUGUGUGAGCUCGAACGGUCGUUCAAGAGCGUCACCUAUCUGGACCUGUUUGCCCCGCGGAUGCUCAACCGUACACUCAUCGGUCUCUUCACCCAGAUCUGGUCUCAACUGACCGGCAUGAACGUUAUGAUGUACUACAUUAACUACGUAUUUGCCAUGGCCGGCUAUUCCGGUAACGCGAACCUGCUCGCCUCGUCGAUCCAAUACAUCAUCAACGUGGUGAUGACGCUUCCGGCGCUGAUCUGGCAGGAUCGCUGGGGACGUCGACCUACGAUGCUCGUGGGUGCGUUCUUCAUGUGCGCCUUCAUGUUUGCCAACGCCGGCAUCCUGGGCAGCAACGCCACUAUCAUCCCCUUGGGCCAGCGCAAGACAGCGGAGGAGUCGAUGAGCGUCACCGGAUCGGCCGCCAAGGGUCUAAUCGCGUGCACCUAUCUGUUCGUCGCCUCUUAUGCGCCCACAUGGGGCCCCGUCUCGUGGACCUACCCACCGGAGCUCUUCCCCUUGCGUCUGCGCAGUAAGGGUGUGUCCUUGGCCACCUCGGGCAAUUGGGCGUUUAACAUGGCGCUCGGUCUCUUCACUCCGUCGGCCUUUUCCAACAUCACCUGGCAAACCUAUAUCCUGUUUGGUGUGUUCAAUGCGGCCAUGUUUAUUCACGUCUUCUUCAUGUUUCCGGAGACCGCCGGAAAGACCCUGGAGGAGACCGAGGCCAUGUUCGAGGACCCUAACGGUUCCAAGUUCUUCGGCACUCCGGCCUGGAAGACUCGCGUGCAGACCAUGCAAACCGUUGCCAUGGAGCACGGCGACGUCGAAACUUCCAAGACGCAGGCGGUGACUGCGGAGGAGAGGACCACGGCCACUCACCUAUGA